AUGACACCGGCAGCUCGACUCACCCUCAAGGGCAUGCCACACACCAUGGACCCAGAUGAGCACAUUCGCGUCUUGCUCGCCACUUCGGUUGAGGAUAUCAGCUUUGGCGAAGAAUUGCUGUUUGAGAGCGAGGGAGAUUCGCGUCCGUCGAGAUUCGUAUUCGCCCAACUGCCCUCGGGACAAUUCGUUAUUGCUGGCCGGGAGAACGGCGUUGUGGGGAAUUUCUUCGAGUACGUGGUGCUGGGAGACGACACGAGGAUAGUCGCCUUUCAGGUCCUCCGCACGGUCAAGUGGAAGACAGGAGAAAGUUGGUAUUACGCCCAAUUCGUGACGGAUGCAGAUUUCUUCUCCUGCAUCUCUUGUUUCUCGGCGAUCAGCGACCGUCAGGAAGCACAGGAAGACCGCGCAACCCAGGAAGUCGUACGUCUGGAGGGUUCGCUUGCCAAGACUCUAGGGGGUCCCACGAACACAACGCCCCGCGAUUACGGUAAUCAUGAUGGUAAACAGACGCUUGACGAAGUGCACGACGGCUCCGAUGGGAGGAACACCUCCGACUGUUCCGACCAAAUACUCUUUCCGUAUUUGGGACCCGUGCUCUUUGGCGCGGCCAUUGGAAUUAUGCUGGGAUGUCUCAUGGGAAAGAAAUGA